AUGCUCUACCUGGCCGACCACAUCAAGGAGCCUCCCGAGGGCCGUCUCUUCUCCGUGUUCACCACCGGCGGCGACUCCCUCCCAAUCCAACGCCUCAACGUCACCGACAAGGUCAUGGACCAGUCCGACAAGUCACUCAACAAACGGCUCUGGGGUCGGUAUCCUUUUGAGCUGUCCAACCACUGGGACAUCGUUCUCCAGCUUACAACACUGAGGGGAAGGCUGGAGCGUGCUAGCACAUCCACGCCCGAGGACCUCGCCCGUGCCAUGCUACUCAGGGAUCUCGAGGAGCGCUAUCAGCUCUACGUGAUAGUAUACGACACUGCUUUGCUGAUUGAGACGACACUGCCGAUCAAGGGCCGGUUCAUGGCAUUCAAUCGUUUCGACGCCAUGAGAACGGAUAUCAUGGUGGACCCCGCCGACAUCGCCAACGACCCUGUUUCGCUGCUGCAGCCCUUGGAGAACCACUACGACAAGCGCGAGAACGGUGUGGAAGAUUGGGAGGAGGAGUGGGGGAAAGAGUGGGGAGACCGAUUGUGGGCAGCUGAGGCGACCGCUCAUCUGAUCUGGAUGGCAAGGCUGAUGGGACUGGCGCCCUUCCACGCUUCACCCUGCUUGUUCACGGGGGCUAAGGCGUCCGAACUCGGCCUUGCACAAGAACAGGGCAAACUCCUGACUCGGCUCGCGCAAGGUUGUCUCCGUCUCGGUGAAGGAAACGGCCGCUUCUACCACUGCGCGAAGCAGUUUGCCCUCCUCGCCAUUGGCCUGCGGUACAUUCACCACCCCCACCUCAUCACCGCCGUUGAGGCCUACCGCGACGCAUGCCAAGGUAUGCACCCCCACCCGACUGGAGCCCGCGUUCCUAUCCCACACCUUGACAAGACGCUCGAGCGCUUGAGGAGCAAGAGCAAGACGGUCACGGGCUGGGCGCACGAGCACUGCCUCACUGAGGCUCAUGAAGGCUGCAUGGGACCAGACGUCUAG